ACCAAAGGCUCUUUUAAGAGCCAACACACAUUCUGCUGAAGAGCUCGUCCUUUACUUUGACUGACCCCACAUUCUACUUCAUACACGCGACUUCAACACUUUUACACCACUUUAUACCUAUAUGGCUUAUUAAUUAAUUAAUGUAGCUGCCACAUGUUGCACACUACUUUAACAGUCAAGGGAUUUCCACUUCUCAGAAAGGAUUCACCUCAUUUGGCUGGAUACCAGUAUAUGUGGAAGACAUCAACUUUCACUCUUUUUCUUCUCAUCUAGUGUCUUUAUGCUACACGAGUCUUUGGCCGCUGCUUAUUACUUCACUGUUCACAAAUGAAUAGAUGGAAAGCCAGCAAAAGGCUCACACAGCGCUCACUUCCUGUCACCAUGAAUCAGGAAAGUCACAAUGUUUAAACAGCCACAUCAUUUAUAAAAUGAACUUUUCAUGUUGAUCAUUGACAAGUUACAUGGAGUGAAAGUUGCUUCAGAAAUCCCUCACAUGUUCCUCAGCUGCACAAAAGCAUCAACACAAACUUCACAUGACAGCCAGUAGAACUACAUUUAUUUGAUGUUUGUUCCUUUCAGACUCUGUUGAGCGGAGUUUGAUUCACCCAAUAAUUUCAGUUCAUCAAAGUUCAAUUAAUGCUUUAAAAAGAACGUUCUCAAUCUGGCUUGUAGGAGGAGCUGCUGAGCUCGGCUCCUCAUAGGUCCGCAGCUCACACAUAAAAAGCGACGCUCCGCAGCUCGCGCUCACAUUCGUCUUUGUGUUUCCACAGAAGAAGAAAACAAAAUGAGCGGCAGAGGAAAAGGAGGCAAAGGUCUCGGUAAAGGAGGCGCCAAGCGGCACCGUAAAGUUCUCCGCGAUAACAUCCAGGGAAUCACCAAGCCCGCUAUCCGCCGUCUGGCUCGCCGCGGGGGAGUCAAGCGGAUCUCCGGUCUCAUCUACGAGGAGACCCGCGGUGUGCUCAAGGUGUUCCUGGAGAACGUCAUCCGUGACGCCGUCACGUACACCGAGCACGCCAAGAGGAAGACCGUCACCGCCAUGGACGUGGUGUACGCUCUGAAGAGGCAGGGCCGCACUCUGUACGGCUUCGGGGGUUAAACCGACAACUUUGCUCACUGAACCAAACAAAGGCCCUUUUCAGGGCCAAACACUGAUCGGAUCAUGAGCUGAAUUUCUGUCUGAUGCAACCGAAUCUCUCCAUAAGCGACCUAUGAGUGUAAAAAUGUAUCUAUAUUAAUAUUAAUCUGACAAAACAAAGAAUUGUAGCUGCUUGUUCACACAAAAUGUAAAG